ACAGUGCUUCUCAGCCAAUCAAAAUGAAGGAGAGAUGUCAGAUCUGACAACUUGUCGGAAAGAAAUGUUGAUGAAACGCUCCCCGGGUUAUUCAAAUCUCUAUACCGGUAGUACCGUAUCUCUCUUGUGUUCUUCCUCCAGCUAAGGUCGUGUUGCCGUAUCAAAACGGCAACACGACUAGCUAGCAUAAAACCGUCGGCUAGAUCUUUGAAUUGCGGAUCGAGCUAGGAGCGCGGCGGUAUAUACUCCACAGCCCAAGUUCCAGAGAGAAUAAAAAACACGACAAAAUCCCAUUUAAAAGGACAGGAAAUGGAAGUGGCUCCACAACCUCCGGCAGACACUGAUCUGCAGAAUAUUAUCGAUAAGUUGGCCAACUUUGUUGCUCGAAAUGGCAGCGACUUUGAGAUGAUGACGAAGGAGAAACAGAAAGAUAAUCCAAAGUUCCGUUUCCUGUUUGGAGGAGAAUAUUACAAUUAUUAUCAAUACAAAGUUACAUCUGAACAACGAUCAAUCCAGCAACAGAAGGAGAAGUUAGCCCAUCAGCAGGCCAUCAUCCAGGAUGUGAUUACCCAGCAUUCAAUUCAGUCGGCGCCAUGGCAACCUCAGAUCCAGCAGCAGCAGCAGCUUGAUGAACAGAUCUCUCAGAUUGAAGAGCAGAUCAGCCAGAGUGAGGACAACCUUGGAAAGCAGAAACAGGUUCUCCUGCAGCAACAAACUGACCAGAUAGAUUCUGUUCUUGCCAGUAGCAGAGAGAAAGCAGUGAUUGAAUUGGCUUCUGACCUUGAUGUUAAUCUCUCUGAGCUAGACAACAGGCUUCAAACUAUAAUAGAUGCUUGUACCAAAGAUGCUAUAUCAAAUGGCAAGCAAUGGAUCUUUUCAACUGCCCGUUCCCCCAAGCAUUGUAAGCUGAUUGCUAAGUAUCUCCUCCAUCAGAUUCUAGCCAAGGCAGCACCAUUCACAGCCAAGCUCCAUCUCAUAUACCUCAUAAACGAUGUCCUAUAUCACUGUACAAGACGCAAUGCUCAGGAUCUUCAGCAUGCGUUAGAAGACACGGUCGUUCCAAUCUUUUGCUCAACACAUGCAGUAGCAGAUGAGGAUCAAAAAGGAAAGCUUGAAAAGGUAUUGAAGCUUUGGGAAACAAACAAUUAUUUUGACAGAAGUGUCAUGGAGAAACUGAAGAAUCCAUCAGAAUCACUGUCUCAAUAUCAGGCGAAAAAGAUCACUGAAAAUGGGGAGGCCAUCCAACAACUCCAAAUAUCCACCCAGACCCAGUUAACAAGUCUUCAGAAGCAACAUAAUGAUUACGUGGUACAUAUGCGGCAACAGCAGGCACAAUAUCAACAGCAGCGACAACAACAGCAACAGCAACAAGCCCAGCAGCAACUUGUAGCAGCAUCAGUGGCAACUUCCCUUCCCCAGGUGCCAACAUCAUUCUCAAUGUCCCAGCAGGUCCCACCACAAGUGCCACAACAAGUGACGCAACAAGUUCCGCCACAAGUGACGCAACAGGUGACGCAAUCAAUGCAACCACAGGUUGUGCCUCAGGGUGCCAUCCCAACAGUCUCAGGUUUCCCACCAUCAACAUCAGAAGCCCAGCAGCCUGUAGGAGCAGCACCACCGACGGUACCACAACCACAGGGGCAACUAGCCCAGAAUGUCAACUUGCCCCAAGGAAUGGUGCCUGUUUCAGAUCCCGUGGGACAACAAGGCUUACCGUCGUUACCUCCAGGAAUGCCACCACAAAUUGGAAAUCAACCUCCACCACCACAAAUGCCACCACAAAUACCUGCUGGUUUACCCCCUAUGGACCCGUCGAUGUUUCCAGGUGGAUUCCCUCCCGUGUUCAACCCGUCGGUUCCUCCACCAAUCAUCAGACCACCCUUCCCUCCUCCAUUCCCUCCAGGUGCUUUGCCCCCAAACUUCGCCCUCCCUCCAAACAUCGACUUCUCCAAGCCCCCUCCUGGCUUUAUGCCUGGUAUGGAGUUCCCUCCGAUGCCCAUGCCCCCUAUAGCUCAACCCCCACCAGCCCAGGACCCUAAUGACCCCUCCCUAAUGCCAAGGGUACCCUACUAUGACCUCCCAGCUGGACUCAUGGCACCGUUGGUAUCGCUUGAAGAUACAGACUACAAUCCUCUAGAUUCUGAGGACAUUAGACUACCCCCUCCCCAGGCUCCUAGUGAGAGAUUACUGGCUGCUGUAGAGGCAUUCUAUGCCCCACCCUCAAGAGAUGCUCCAAGAAACAGCGAAGGAUGGGAGCAGAAUGGUCUGUUUGAGUUCUUCAAAGCCAAGCAAAAGUAUUCCAAACUGAAGAAGGAGAGAGAGAAGGAUAAACCCAAGCAGCGCAAACCCCUUUCCCCUCUCAGGAUGCCUGCCAAGAUGGACCGGUCACCGUCACCUCCUACUCCAGCAGCAAAGCAGCUAACACCUCCCCCAAAACAAGACAGUAGAAGAAGAUACAGAUCAAGAUCUCGCUCAAAGUCAAGGUCACCGUCACAUUCCCCACCAAGGAGAAUAAGGCGCUCAAGGACACACUCAAGGUCACGCUCUCCUCCCUCAAGAUUCUACAGGAGAGGAUCAAGGUCAAGGUCUCGUUCAAGAUCAAGAUCACCUCCUUAUAGGAGAGAUAUCAAGAGAGACCGAUCCCCCGGUAGAGACCGAUCCCCCAUCAGAGGCCGAUCCCCAGGCAGAAGUCGAUCACCUGUCAGAGGUCGUUCCCCAGGCAGAGGCCGGUCUCCCAAGCGAAGCCCAACGCCAGACUAUGGAAUCCAACCUUUCUAUCAAAUGAAUGUUGAUGUGAAGCUUGGAGAGGAUAACAAAGGACAUCAACUCAUGAAGAAAAUGGGAUGGAGUGGUCAAGGUCUAGGAGCCAAGGAGCAGGGUAUCGUCACCCCAAUUGCCAGCGGAGACGUUCGUCAAGAUUUGGACAAAUUCAAAGGAAUCGGCAUGGAUAUCAACGAUCCAUUUGAGAGUUUUAGGAAGAGUAAGAGCUAUACCUACAACAGGAGGAAAUAAAUGGAGGCUGCUGAGCAUAAGACACACACACUUGCAUCCAAGGUGGGACAACAGAGGGCCAGUUUCCAUAGCAACAGGAUGCAUCACCUCUUAAAGAACACCCAUACCUGCCAACUCCACCUAUCUCCAUGUCAAACUGUGAACCGUUUGUCUUCAUGAGAAUUUAUUUGGGAUGGGUCAUUUUCACGAAUAUCGCUUGCCAUUCCUCUCCAGAAUUUCAACUUCAAUAAUACAUGUUCAAGGGUGGUCUUUUAGUUCCUGGAUGACACUCAAAUUUUCAGCACAACAAAAUUUUAUAUUAAUCAGUUUUACAGAUUCCAAUAUAGAAAAUAGAUUGAUCAACACAUGUUACUUCAUAUUGUAUAUCUCAAUUUGAUAACAAGAAAUGUACGUUGCCAGUACCUGCAACCAGUAGGACAUGCUCAAAAUUCAUCACGAAUCUGACUCUAUAGACAUUCCUUCGAAAUUUGUGUUAUUAAAAUUGAAAUAAUGUAUAAUGUAUGCUCACUUCAGACUUGUGUGACAAUUGAAGUAAAUAGGCCAUGGCAAGUGUGUGCAUGUUUUCCCUAUUAAAGAAAUGCAAACCUCUCCCAGGUUGAACUAUCCGAAAUUGUUCCAUGACAUUUGCUCUGGCGACAAUUGCUCCGCUCUAAAUUCCACACACGAAUCGAAUGACCAACUUCAACCCUGGGUUUAACACUAUACCCUAUCCUAAACCUAACCCCAACAUAAAACCCUAUUGCAACCCUAACCCUCUAUCUUUUGACGAAAUUAAGCCCAGAGCAAUUGUCGCAGGAGCAAAUGUCGUGUCAACAUCCCGAAUGUAUUAAAUAUAUAACAACACUGACAAUGUACUUCAACAAUGCAAGUUAACAGGUUGCUUGGUUGAUGAUGAAUUAUCCAACUACAAACUUAAAAUCAGAAGAACUACACUGGAGAAAUAUGGAUGAGAUUAUGGAUAAGUGACAUAUUUAUUGCUUCUUUAAAUAAUACAAUACAUAGAUACCAUACAUAGUAUGUCUUACAAUGUAAUAUGAAUUUAGAUAAAUGUGAACAAAUAUCAAUGGCAAGUGGCACUUUCUUACUAUACAUAAACAUACAUGUAUGUACACAGGUCUGCAAGAUGUGAAUGUAUUAUCUGAAGAGAGAGCUGGUAUCAUAAAAAAUCUUUGAAAAUUAUUUAUUUUGGGGGCUACUUUUUGCAACCUACUUCCUAAAUCUGCAACAUUGAAUAAGCAACAUUGCAAUGAAUGGAGAUUUUCCAAUGCUCUUCUAGGGGCAAAUCACCCUUAGACCCCUCUUAAAAUUUUCCCUGCCUUCUAUGUACCAUCAAGAUUGGAAUGCUCCAAAAUCAUUGUAUUGAUGAUUUCAAUUUGUCAUUAGAAUCAUCGGACCAUUCACACGCUCACUCGAAAACUGAUUUGAAUUUGAAUUCCCGAGCGAAGGCAGUAUGUGUCCUUGGUGACUUGUUAUCGAAGCACUGCGUCAAUACGAUAAGUGCAUGACAAUUGUAUUAUCUACGGAAGUGCUUGAGAGGACACUAAGCUCCGCCCCUUAAAACACGUUUUGGAGGUCAAGCCUUUCACACGUAAAAUUUGUACCGUAAUUUGAGUGAAACUUAAAUGGAAUUCACCUCCAGAGUAGAAUUUGAAUUCGUGAUUAACAUUUGUGAUUCUAGUUUGGUUUCACACGUGCUAAAGAAUUGUCAUUAGCCUUUUUUUUCACUGGAAUCAUUCAAAUGACGAUAUUUUUUUACCGUGUGAAAGGGCGGGUAGUAACUUUGGAAAAUGUCAUUCAUGGUGUUUAUUUUGUCUCAAUACCAUCAUUGAACACAAUCAACAAUGGUGUUUAGACUCGAACAUUUGUAGCCAACAAGCAUCUUUUUGUUCACACUGUGCACUCUUUUGAGCUUAUCAGGAGAGCAGAGUUGAUCUACUACAUAAUUAUUCAUCAUGAAUUUUAGUAUUGGGGUUGUAUAUUCUUACAUUUAUGUAAAGAUAUAACACGUCUGAUACUAUUCAAUAACAGGAAUGUACUGUCAGCACUAAUUCUUAUUACCAACAAUUAAAUCACUCAUACCCUUUGAAGGCGUGUGUUUUUGUGAUUUUCUUCAGGUCAGAUUACACAUUUAAAUGUAAAAACUAUCAUCGAUUCAUGUAGCCUCUUCCCAGUCUCUUGCCCCGCUAAAGCUGGGAUAAAAGUAUUUAGCCACUCGAGUUUUAAAAUUGAAGUGGCUACCUUAUGUAAAUGACAUUAUUAUUUUGUAUCAAUUCGAAUUGGUAUUGAAUUAUUAACAAAGAUAGAAGCUGAGUUGUACUUUUAUCAUGAAGAGAGUGUAAGAAUAUGUGCAGUUUGCAUAACUUUUGAAGCCUGUAAAUAAUUCUUUUUUGAAGAAUAAAAGCUAUCUUGUAAUAAAAUGUG